CUGCUUCAGGUUGCCCCUUACUCCUCCGCUGCAAGAACUUUCAGAUUCUACAGCUCAUCAUCCCUCAGGAAAGAGACUGCCAUGAUAUCUACUUAUCUCUAGCCAGACUCUCCCGGCCAGUCAAGUAUGAGGAGCUGUAUUGCUUUUCUUUCAACCCAAAAUUGGACAAGGCUGAGCGGGAGGAAGGCUGGAAGCUAAUUGACUUGAAAGAGGAAUACAUCCGAAUGGGGGUACACAAAAGCCUGUGGCAGCUCAGCGAUGUUAACCGGGACUAUCGUGUUUGUGAUACGUAUCCAACGGACCUUUAUGUACCUAAACCUGCCAGUGUGCCAAUCAUUGUUGGGAGCUCUAAAUUCAGGAGCCGAGGACGAUUUCCCACUCUGUCCUACUAUUACCAGGAUAACAAUGCCUCCAUUUGUCGAAGUAGCCAGCCCCUGUCAGGCUUCAGUGCUCGCUGUCUGGAAGAUGAACAGAUGUUACAGGCGAUAAAAAAGGCGAAUCCGGGAAGUGAUUUCCUUUAUGUUGUUGACACCCGACCAAAACUGAAUGCAAUGGCAAACAGAGCAGCCGGAAAAGGCUAUGAGAAUGAAGAUAACUACUCGGACAUUAAGUUUCAGUUUAUUGGCAUUGAGAACAUUCACGUGAUGAGGAACAGUUUACAGAAGAUGUUGGAAGUAUGUGAACUCCGAUCUCCUUCCAUGGGUGAAUUUCUUUGGGGUCUUGAAGCCUCUGGAUGGUUAAAACACAUCAAAACAAUACUGGAUGCUGGCAUCUUCAUUACAAAGGCCGUGUCAGAAGAGGGCGCCAGUGUGCUUGUUCAUUGUUCCGAUGGAUGGGACCGCACAGCACAGGUCUGCUCUGUAUCCAGUCUAUUACUGGACCCUUAUUACAGGACCAUCAAAGGAUUUAUGGUGUUGAUAGAAAAAGACUGGAUUUCAUUUGGACACAAGUUUAACCACAGGUACGGACAUUUAGACGGAGAUCCAAAGGAAGUUUCUCCGGUGAUUGACCAGUUCCUGGAAUGUGUCUGGCAGCUCAUGGAACAGUUUCCCUGUGCAUUUGAAUUUAACGAGAGAUUCUUGGUCCACAUACAACAUCAUGUAUACUCCUGUCAGUAUGGAAACUUCCUGUGCAACUGUGAGAAGGAGAGGAGAGAACUGAGAAUUGAGGAGAGAACUUAUGCUCUCUGGUCUUACUUGUGGAAGCAGCGGCUGGAUUAUAUGAACCCAUUGUACAGACCUGACCACAGUCAGACACAAGGAACUCUGAGACCAAACACCACUCCAUGCCAUUUCAGGUUUUGGAGGGGCCUCUACAACCGAUUUGAGAAAGGAAUGCACCCUCGACAGUCAGUGACUGAUUUUCUUCAGGCAGUAAAAGAAGAGACGCAGCAGCUUGAGGAGGAAAUGGAGUUCAUGGAAAAGAGACUAGCAAAGCUGGAAACCCGAGAGACAAAUGAAACCAAUAAGAUUAUCAAUGACCAGCAAAAAAUCCAUAACUUCCAGAUGUCCAUCACCAAACUCUCUCCGGCUAAUACGCCUCAAGAUUACAGCACCAACCUGAAGUUGUUUCCUUCCCGCAGUCCAUCUCAAGGUGAGGAAGACUCAGCCCUCAUCCUAACCCAGGACCAUUUAAAGAGCUCUGACCCCGACCUGUCUGCUAACAGUGACCAGGAAUCUGGAGUGGAGGACUUGAGCUGCAGGUCUCCAAGUGGCGGAGACUCAUUACCUAGUGAGGACAGUGGGAAGGAUCCUGAUUCGGAUGAAGCAGUAUUCCUGAAUGCUUAGAUGUUAUAACCACGUGCUAUCUUAUUACAUGUUUAUAUUUAUUUAUAGGAGGAUGUAAGCGGAGAAGAAUAUACUGGGGGGAAGUAAUCAACUAUGUUCACACUUAGGUAGUUGUCUGCGCAAACAGAGACCAGAGCAUAUGUGUCUGUGAGCUCUGGAAAUAUGCUUAAGCAAUUUUUUAUUUAUUUUUUUGCUUUUAAGACAAAGACCUAGGUUGCCCGUAUGACCUUAUGUUUAGUUUACUUACAUAAUUCCAAGACACAUGUCUACCUUUGGGGCUACAACCAGAGCACGAAUCAUGUCACAGUAUAUGCAUUUAUUAGGAUCUAGAUUGACACAGGAGCCCUGUACUGGAGGCAUGUGUACUUACAUACUAUACAAGUUUAGAUCCACUAUUCCUCAUAAUAAUCACAUAUUGAAAAUGUGAAAAAAAGGUCUGAAUGUGGCUUCCUUUUUGGAAAAUUAAUGAUAGAUUACAGGUGGCAAUACGCAUUGGCUAAACGGCAGCUUAACCUGCCAGUUUUGGCAGGACUGGCCAACCAUCAGUGUAUGAGGUUGUUCCAAAACUCAUAAGUAAAAAAUUUCCAGCUCACCAUACAUAUUCGGUGCACAGAGUGGACCGGACUUGUCCUUUGGAUAGUUGAACAAAUUCUGGAGUCUCCAGCAUCCGAAAAAAUCAACGUCAUCUUUGAGGGUGGUGAAGUCUUACCUAUGUACUUUUAACCGGAAUUUAAAUAAAGACGACGUUUAAUUUUUCGGAUGCUGGAGACUCCAGAAUUUGUUCAACUAUCCAAAGUUCCAAAUUUCCCCUGAUGACAGUCAGUGGAAAAAAUGAUGUGUCAUGUUGGAUCUCAGAGGGGAAAAGCUACCACCAGAUGUACACUCGGCCACCUUAAAUUGCACCGUUGGACAUCAUUUUCCUGCCCCCUUGGGUUUGGCCAACCAUCACAUUUACAGGUUAGCGUAUCACAUGUCAUGUUGCUACUCCAUUUAUGCCAUCCUGUGGCACUUUAUAGUGUAUCUAUAACCUGAUAAUGAAACAAGACCUCACAAAUAGUAUUUUAAGACUCCAAAAAAAAUAAAGUAUAGUUACAGAUCAUUUCCUUCUGGACAUGUUUCUUUGAACAAUACAAACAAAACAUUUUCAAUCUUUUAGGUGGAUGCAAAACAUUGCAAAAAUGGAAGUGUCAA